GCGCGGCGCGGCAGCAGCCAUUUUGAUGGGAGAGAAACAAUAGGACGGAAACGCCGCGGGACUGGGCUGAGGCCGCAGAGCGUCCUGGCUUGCACAAGCCAAGCAGCUGAGACCAAACAGGAGAACAGACGGAGGACGAGCUGGCCGCAGGACUCCCGCCGCCUCCGCCUUCUCCCUGCCCCCUGGGCCCAGAGGAUGAGCCCAGCCUUCAGGGCCAUGGACACAGAGCCCCACCCCAAGGGCAUCCUGCUGGAGCCCUUUGUCCACCAGGUUGGGGGACACUCCUGCGUGCUCCGCUUCAACGAGACCACUCUGUGCAAGCCCCUGAUCCCAAGGGAGCAUCAAUUCUACGAGACCCUUCCUGCCGAGAUGCGGAAAUUCACUCCCCAGUACAAAGCUGUUCUGAUAUUUGUUAGGUUUGCAGAUGAGUUUGCCUCUGGCAACAUAGAGACUAAGGAACAGGGUGUAGUAUCCGUAUGCUUUGAAGAGGAUGAAGACAGGAACUUGUGUCUGAUAGCAUAUCCAGUAAAAGGGGACCAUGGAACUGUGGACCUUGUAGACAAUUCAGACUGUGAGCCAAAAACUAAGCUGCUCAGGUGGACAAACAAAAAGCAUCAUGUCCUAGAAUCCGAGAAGACUCCCAAGGACUGGGUACGCCAGCACCGGAAAGAGGAGAAGUCGAAGAGUCAUAAGUUGGAAGAAGAAUUUGAGUGGCUGAAGAAAUCUGAAGUCUUAUACUACAGUGUAGAGAAAAAGGGGAAUGUAAGUUCCCAGCUUAAACACUAUAACCCUUGGAGCAUGAAGUGUCACCAGCAGCAGUUACAGAGGAUGAAGGAGAAUGCGAAACACCGGAACCAGUACAAAUUUAUCUUACUGGAGAACCUGACUUCGCGCUAUGAGGUGCCUUGUGUCCUGGACCUCAAGAUGGGCACGCGACAGCAUGGCGAUGAUGCAUCUGAGGAAAAGGCAGCCAACCAGAUCCGCAAGUGCCAGCAGAGCACGUCCGCCAUCAUCGGCGUGCGCGUGUGUGGCAUGCAGGUAUACCAGGCGGGCAGUGGGCAGCUCAUGUUCAUGAAUAAGUACCACGGGCGGAAGCUGUCGGUGCAGGGCUUCAAGGAGGCACUAUUCCAGUUCUUCCAUAAUGGGCGGCACCUGCGCCGUGAGCUCCUGGGCCCCGUGCUCAAGAAGCUGGUAGAGCUCAAGACAGUGCUAGAGCGGCAGGAGUCCUACCGCUUCUACUCGAGCUCCCUGCUCGUCAUCUACGAUGGCAAGGAGUGGCCCGAGGUGGCCCUGGACUCUGAUGCCGAGGACUUGGAGGACCUGUCAGAGGAAUCAGCUGACGAGUCUGCUGGUGCCUACGCCUACAAGCCCAUUGGUGCCAGCUCUGUGGAUGUGCGCAUGAUCGACUUUGCACACACCACCUGCAGGCUCUACGGUGAGGACAGCGUGGUGCACGAGGGCCAGGAUGCUGGCUACAUCUUCGGGCUCCAGAGCCUGAUAGACAUUGUCACAGAGAUAAGUGACGAGAGUGGGGAGUGAGCUUGCCAACUGCCCCGGUACCUGAGAGACUCUCAUGGUCCCAGGCUCAGCUGUGCUGCGUCAGGGAGGAGGCCAAGGUAGCCCGGCAGUGGCCCUGCAGCCUGGAGCUGACAGGCAGUGGCCCCUCAGCCCCAGCCCGAGCCAGCCCCGGCUGCGCUCCAAGUCUUUAUUUAUUUUAACUGUUUCUUCAACAUUCCAUAUUUGAUGAUGCAGAUACCUCUUUCGUCCUUGCGUGUACGUGUUCUAAUACACAUCUUCCUGUUUAUGGUA